UCCAACUCACAAAAUACCCACUCCCCCGUCGAAUCCAUGCUCAAUCCCACGAUAAACCACUGGGUUCGGCCUACCUCAACCAACCAGGGCAUCCGCCGCAACGCAGCUGGCCGUGGCCUCUUCUCCGGGCUGCAAGAUGUCAAGCACUACAACGUCGAGGGCGGAUGGGCGCAUCGACAGGUUGUCGAGGAGCAGAAGCGCGAGCAAGGUCAGAGUGGGUUUUGGGGCUGGUGGUUUGGG